AUGUCCGACAAUGGCUUGACCAAAGUCUUCACCAAGAACGCCUGCCCUCCCGCCGGCCCAUACAGCCAGGCCAUCAAAGCCGCAGGCCAAGUGUGGGUGGCAGGGCAGAUCCCGGCGGACGAGCAAGGAAAGCUGGUCGAAGGCUCGAUUGCUGAGAAGACGGCGCAGUGCAUUAAGAACCUCAAGGCGAUCUUGGAGGAGGCCGGCAGCGAGAUUGGCAAGAUCGUUCGUGUUGGUGUCUUUCUUUCUGAUAUGCAGCACUUCAAGGAGAUGAAUGGCGAGUAUGAGAAGUGGUUCACUCACAAGCCCGCCCGCACUUGUGUGGCUGUCAAGCAGUUGCCUUUGGGUGUGGAUGUGGAGAUUGAGGCGAUUGCUAUUCAGUAG